AUGUUGCAAGUCAACUUGUUAAAAAAAUAUGUCAUUACAGAACUCCUUCAAAGUGAUCUCCACAAAAUUAUCGUGUCACCACAGCACUUGUCUGCGGACCACAUUAAAGUCUUCCUGUACCAGAUCCUUCGAGGAUUGAAAUAUUUACAUUCAGCACGAAUUUUGCAUCGUGAUAUUAAGCCUGGGAAUUUAUUGGUAAACAGCAAUUGUGUUCUAAAGAUCUGUGACUUUGGAUUAGCGAGAGUGGAGGAGCCAGACCAGUCCAAAUACAUGACGCAAGAAGUAGUUACUCAGUACUACAGAGCUCCUGAAAUUUUGAUGGGUGCGCGGCACUAUUCUGCAGCUGUAGAUGUAUGGAGUGUUGGCUGUAUAUUUGGGGAGCUCUUAGGAAGGCGUAUCCUAUUCCAAGCCCAGAGUCCUGUUCAGCAGCUGGAACUGAUCACUGAGCUGCUGGGGACGCCCUCUCUAGAGGAUAUGCGGUACGCAUGUGACGGGGCUCGAUCACACAUGCUCAGACGGGCACCGAAACCUCCUUCCCUUACUGCUCUCUACACACUCUCAUCACAGGCCACUCAUGAAGCUGUUCACCUACUCUGCCAAAUGCUAGUGUUUGACCCUGACAAGAGACUGACUGUGGUGGAUGCAUUGGCUCAUCCAUACUUGGACGAAGGACGUCUGCGCUAUCACUCUUGUAUGUGUAAAUGUUGUUUCACAUCUGGUGGUAUGAGGCAGUACAUAACAGAUUUUGAACCCAUUGCACCUUAUGCAUUUGAUGAUCUCUGGGAGAAGAAGCUGACGUCUGUUCAACAAGUUAAAGAGGAAAUGCACAAGUUCAUUGCAGAACAACUGAAUACCAGUAGGGUCCCGUUGUGCAUUAAUCCUCAGUCUGCAGCUUUCAAGAGCUUUGCCAGCUCUACAGUUGCUCACCCAUCUGAGCUACCCCCGUCGCCCCACCAGUGGGAGUGACGCUAUCCUCACCCUAGUAUGCAAUUGUGAAAAUGUCUAGCACUCACUCAUUUUCACCUGGCCAUUGGUUGCUUAUCUUCUGUACGCAGCCAUCCUUUUGGGUAUGGUUGGAGUCCUUUGCCACAUCAUAACAUACCAAAAGUUUUGCCACAAGAACUAAUGUUAUGCAACUAACACCUGGUCUUCAGAGAACUUCAUUACUGAAUCAGAAGGAAAAAAAAGAAAAAAGUUUACGCUUUUCAUCAUGUUACCAUCAGAAUAACUAACAUAGCCUCAACCUCUUACAAGUUGUACAUAAUCCGUAAAAGUGACAUGAAUUUGAAUAGAGUGCAUGUGUGUGUGUAUGUGCCGCAUGUUUUUGACAUGCAAUUUGACUUUUGGAGUUCUUAAAUGUGCUCUGAAAUAUAACUGUGCGUGACGAUAAAAUAAAUACAUUUUGUGUUUUGUGAAUAUUGCAGCAGUUUAUUUUUAAAAAGAAAAGAGUUGAAUUCACAGAACAAACAUGAGCCUUUGUGAAUCAAUAUCUAGUUUCACAUUCUGUGGUGUGGAAGAAUUUGGUGACAGAAUGCGAGACGUGUUUGAGAGAAGAAGUAUUCUCACCUCAUGUCAGUGUUGUGUUCCAGUAAACAACGAAGAUGUACAGAAGUGUAGGUGCUGAACAAGAUUGUAACAUUUGUGCAAUCAGCGCAUAUGCUGAAGAAGAUACGAAUGCGUUGUGCACAGAAUUGACUUCAAUAAGCAAGAGCACAUGUGAUACAUCGUAGAGGCAAUUGGAAUGCGGAAAACUUGCCUUGUACACAAUACAUUUGAAUUCAGGGAAUGCUGAGGUAACUCAACAUAUUCAAAAAAGGCUGCUGCCUGUGACAUUUUGACAAGAUUUGUUUGCCAGUUUUCCCAGCGACUAGAGCAUACUGUGAUCCUUGGAUGAGUUAAUUUGGAGAACCCCGGUACUGCCAUCCAUUUCCCAUUCCUUUUCAUAUCCUUUGGUUUUUAAUUAAUCUUUUAAUAUCCUAGUAUUUUUCAUUGAAAAUUAGUGUUUUAGUAAUCAGACAUUAACCUCAUUCAGAUGAUGGAUACAGCAAGGCUCCUUACUAAAUUAUUUUUUGAAGUACAAUUGUGUAACAUUCUUAAUAGGGCCUUUAACCUUACCUGUGCAAUAGCAAAUAAUAGUAUUGCUAAUAUUGUGUGGCAUUUCUAUAAUUCAGAUUUUCUAAUAACUAUUCAAACUAUGGGUUAAAAUGUGUUUUAAAAUCAGCUACAAUAAACUGUAGUCAGGAGUAUCUGUGAUGUAUAUUAACAGUGUGAAGUUGUGUUCUUAUUGCUUCAAGACAGAAUUUAUGUGCAUAAUGCAUAUCUAAAGUAAUUGAUUGUUAAGAAUUGAUUCAUUAUCACUGUGCAACAUUUAACAAACCAUGGUGCCAAACGGCAUGUUGUCAGUGGUUGCUCAUUUAUACAAAAGAGGCUUACAAACUUACUUCCAUGAAGAUUUAUCUUGAUGGCUAAACCAUAUUCAAAUGUAAAUAGAAUUGAAUUUCCAAUUUAUAUGUGUUUAGAUUAAGAGUUAGAGGAUCCACCGAGAUAAUGUUUUGAAUAGGAAACAAUUCUUUCUUCAUGUUAAAAUACAAGAAUAGGGUAUGGUUUUAGGAUUGGCAAAAAUUUUAAACAUAUUGUAAAUAUUUUAUUGUGGAAAUAUAUACAUUAUUCUACAAAAGAUAAUAGCUUUAAAUGCUUGCCACUGUUCAAAAAUUUUAUUUUGGGAAUGGGAAAAUGAUGUAAGUGUAGUUCUUUCCAAAGUUCAGUCUAUUUCAUAUCUUGCAUUAAAAAGUAAAUAUCUUUAAUUUGUUAUUCUUUGUAGAAGAGUGACCUAAACUGGGACCAAAAAGCAUUGGAUAAAAUUUUGUAGAUUAAUAGGAGAGUAUAGAUAAUAGAAAUAAAUAAAAAAAAUUGUCUAAAAAUCAUUUUAAACGAAAUAUAAUGUAUUCUGAGGACUUCCACCGAUCUCAUUAUUAACAACAUAGUCAAGUAUGUAAAAAUGUGUGUUUUUAAUUAUAAUUCACGUUAAGUAUCUCCUAUUAUAUUAAUAGUAGUAAAAUAUUUUGAAGCAAUGUCAUAUUUCCUAAAGAUCAAAUGAGAUCAGAGGAAGUGGACAUUGUUGACUGAGUAUGGGUAGAUUUGCAACCUGUCAGUGAUUUGUUUGUAUGUUUGGUGAAUUUUUGCCUAUAAUGCCCAUUUGGUGAAAGUGCAUGGACAUAAUGGUUUCUAAAAAUGCAUUUCAAGCAUUUAUAUUUGAACGUAUGUAUGAUAUCUGUGCAUACUAAUCUCCAUAAAAUAUAUAUUGUAGUUUACUUCCUUUUGUUUUCAUGUUGGUAGUUUAGUGAGAAAUUUCAGGAGAAAUCCAACUUCAUUGACAAAAUUAUUCUAGUUUACUGAAGUACCUAUAGUUUAAUGAGAAAUCAGUAGCAAUCUGUCCUACUUUCAACUGGGCAUUGAUUAAAACAAAUAAUGUGUGUUUUGGAAUUAGAAAGUCUGGGUAAGAUAAGUUUUCUUCAUAAAGUAGCCUGUCAGUGUGAGAAACAUAGGAGUCUAGAACGAAUCUGUACAGUCACUGUAUAUUGUAGCUUUCCAUUUUCCUGCGACAGGUGCCUAGACAAAAUAUUUCAGUGUGCUUGACAGACAUUUUCCCUUGUAACUUGUCAGUGUGUGUGGUGCUAGUUCAAUUAUGUAAUUUCUUGUGUAAUAAUGGUUUGUUUUCCUUUCUGGAUGACUGGGAUUUUAUUUAAACAAACAAUUAUUACGUUAUUUAUUUUAGUUCACUGAAUGCAAACUAUUGUAGGGGCUUGAGCCUUAUGAAUUAAACAAUCUUUUUAAUGAGUAGCUGACACUAAAUUAUUUUGUGAUACCACUCAGCAAGUUGUUCACAUAACAACAAAUUGAAAAAAAUUGAGUUUUACUGUUUACUCACUCAUGAGGCCUUAACUAAGAUCCACGUUCUGUGUAUAUUUCCCUGCAUAAGAUCCUUCCAUACACAUGUACUACUAAAAUGUGUGUGAA